AUGGCUCUUGCAUUAGCCGCCGCUGGUGGCCUUGCUGCCGCAGCAUAUCUCGAUGGCAGAUAUCAGCUGUCCAGAGACGCUAGAGCACUUCUAAAGCUCAAGAACGCCGAGAGAGUGUAUGCGAAAGCUGUAGUCAAGGAUGACAAACUCUCACCAUGGUAUAUCUUAGCGGAGACAUGUGCUCGACAGCCAAACGACACAGCGAUCUGGACACGAACGAGGAGCUGGACUUUUAAAGAGCUUCACGAUCAGACAGUGCGCUAUGCCCAAUGGAUGCUUGAGCAGGGAAUCAAGCCUGGUGACCUGGUCGGGAUGUAUCUGCACAACAGCGCCGAGUUCAUCUUCAUCAUGUUUGCUACGUUAACCAUUGGGGCUGGACCUGCCUUCAUCAACUACAAUCUCGAGGGAAAGGCUCUUAUGCAUUGUCUGGCGGUCUGCGAAACCAAGCUCUUGAUCGUUGACGAGGACGCAGAUUGUCAGCAACGAAUCGAAGGCAGCAGACAGGAUAUCGAGGCGGCUGGAACAAGGAUUGUGCCCCUCGACACUUCACUCAAGCUAGAAAUCAGCUCUGGACCAGUUUUCGUGCCAGAAGACAGCUUACGCUCUGGCAUGAAAGGAGAUUUCCCAUACUGCUUGAUCUACACCUCUGGUACGACUGGCCUACCCAAAGGAUGCCCAUUCACCAUCGCUCGAACCCAUCUGCUCGGCUCCCAUCUCGAACCGCCUUUCGCUUGUAAACGGGGAGUGGAUCGAUGGUAUUGUCCCAUGCCAAUGUACCACGGCACCGGCAUCAUCACCGCAUCGACAAUGAUACUUGCUGGCGUCAGCAUAGCGAUUGCUCCACGCUUUUCUGUCUCGAACUUCUGGCCUGACAUCUACAAUUCUGGUUCGACUGCAUUCAUAUACGUGGGCGAGACCGCACGGUAUCUGCUCGCAGCACCUAGUCACCCUCUUGAGCGCAAGCAUAAGAUGCGAAUAGCGUACGGCAAUGGGCUGAGACCAGAUAUCUGGCACAAAUUCCAGGAGCGCUUCGACAUUCCAGAAGUCGCCGAAUUCUUCAACUCCAGCGAGGGCAUGUUUAGCUUGGUGACCUGGGCUCGAAAUCGGUAUAACAGUGCUUGCGUUGGACAUCAUGGUCUUUUGACCCGUAGCCUACUACAAAACACCUACAUACCAGUUCGCAUCGAUCAUGAGACUGGUGACAUCUGGCGUAAUGCGACGACAGGCUUCGCGGAGCGCACACCUUAUGAAGAAGGAGGCGAGAUUCUGGUAGCUGUACCGAACCGUGCAGCGUUCGGUGGGUAUUGGCGUAAUACAGAUGCGACGAAUAAGCGAUUCGCCACGAAUGUCUUCAAGGAGGGCGAUUUGUACUAUCGAUGUGGUGACGCCCUCAGACGCACUACAGAUGGACAUUGGUAUUUCCUUGAUCGGCUGGGAGACACGUUCCGGUGGAAGUCCGAGAACGUAUCAACAGCAGAAGUCGCCGAGGCGUUGGGCAAGUAUCCAGGCGUAGCAGAAGCCAAUGUGUACGGCGUCACCGUUCCAGGCCACGAAGGACGAGCAGGUUGCGCCGCUUUGCAUUUGACUAUGACACCUAGCGACCACUUCUAUGCCGACGUCCUGCGGUACUGUCGAUCACACCUCCCACGAUAUGCAGUUCCGGUCUUCUUGCGAAUUGUCCAGCGUUCCAGCCAUAUCCACAACCACAAACAGAAUAAAGUUGGACUGAGACAGGAAGGUGUAGACCCUGACAAGUCGGGCGUCCACGAGAAGGACGGUGUAGACGAUAUUUUCCUUUGGCAGAAGCCAGGGACGGAGACCUAUGUUCCCUUCGAGCGGAUGGAUUGGCAGACUCUUGAGCAGGGCGCUGCGCGACUCUAA